GGAGCUCGUCUAGGCUGGGGAAACGACCACAGGCCGCGGUUCUGAUUACGGAAGCGCGGAGGCCGCCUCUGUCGGUCCCGGUCUCCCUUCGCCUCCCCGCUGCUCGUCGAGCCGUAAGACGAAAAAAAGGGGCGCGCCCCGAGCGAGAGGUGCAGAAGAAUGAGGCUCGUGAGGCCCUGGCUCGUCCUGGCGCUUUUAGGUUGGAGCCACUGCAGCGGGUUUAACACCCGGGAACCGCAGACGGAAGUUCCUCCUCCCAAAAAUGUUACUGUAAAAUCAUAUAAUGAGAAGAUCUCUGCAUACUGGGAUUAUGAAAGUCCAUCGUUAAAACCUCUAUUUACGGUGAUGAUCAAGUGCUAUAGCACUGGUGCUGGGAAGAACGUGGAUACUUGCACAAACAUAAAGCAAAACUAUUGUGAUCUUACCAACAAAACUGAUAACUGUGAAACUUUCUGGGUUGGAGUGAAAGCUCUUUCUGGACAACACCAAUCUAACUAUAUUGAACAAAAGUUUGAUGUUCUCAGAGAUGGCCAAAUAGGACCUCCAAAGUUCAAUCUUUCCAUUGAUAAUCAGGACAUUGUAGUCAAUAUUGAGCCACCUUUAUUUCCAUAUGAUGACCUGAUUGAUGAGUUCACCUACAAAUUGUUCGUUUGGAAAAACGGAGAUCGAGAAGGGCAACAAGAGGUUAUCUCAGAUGACUGCUCUCUUGAGCUAUGCAAUGUAUCUCUGUCUGUGUCUUUGGAUACCUCUUACUGUAUUUCCACUCAAGUCAUUUCACGGCCACUAAACAAGGUUGGUGAAGAAUCAGAAGAAAAAUGCAUCUCACCAACUCCCAAGUCCAGCCUAGGCUUUACACUAUUGAUAAGUUUUGGAAUUGUUGUCCUGGUUGUUGUGGUAAUCAUUCUUGCUGUAGUGCUUAUAAAAUUUCAGGAGAGAAAAAUUAUGCUUCCAAAAUCUCUGGUGACUGUGGUAAGAAACCAAGUAGGUAAUACUGAAUAUAAGUCAGAAUGCAGAUAUGACAUUAUAACAUCAACAUCCUACAAGCCAAUGGAACUGUGUGAAGAUGAAAAACCAGCAGAGAAAUUAGAUGUCACCGAGAAGGCAAAAAUCACUGAUCCCAAUUAUAGCAAAGACCUAGAUGUCGAUAGUUCCCAAGGAAUCCAGAAAGGAGAAAAGAGCACCCAAGAAGAUACGGCUGUAGAAAUCUCUGAAAAUGAACAUAUUCAUGAAGAUGGCAUCACAGAUUACUCUAAAUCGAUCACUGGCCAAGACACAUGUCCUGAUCUUAAAAAUCUGGAUCUUCCCAGAGCAGAUGUCCUAAACCCCAAACCCGCUGUUCUAAGGUGCUCACUAAAACCAUCUGGGUAUGACAAACCCCACUGGGUUGACUGAAGUUUUAGAGAUGAAUUCCGAUGACUCUCCAAAAAUUAGGAAAGCCAUUUUUACUAUGAAAGAGCAUUAUUGGAAACUUCAUCAGAAGCAUCCAUGCUUGUGAGCACUUUAAUCCUUGCAGUAGAGUGGGUAUUCAUAUAGUUUGAUGGUAUCAAACCUGAGAUGAGAACUUGUAGAUGCCAAAAAACUGAACUGAGGCUGCACUCGUAUAGAUGCUUGGU